UCUCUCUUUCCUUUUCUCUUUCUUUCUUCUCCUCUUUCUCUCUUUCUCUGGCUCACCGUGCUUCCGUUCCAUGCGUGCCCGUUCCUUUUCGACGUUUCGCGCGUGAUCGUCCACUACUCCACUGUAGUUUGCGUUCCCCGAGCCGCGUUUAUUCCGACCAAACUAUAAACAACAACAGAGACGGUGAGUCGAGCGGACGCUCGAGCAGGAGUCGCGAAGUGUUCUGGCCCAAGAUUGCAGUUGCAGUUGGAGUUAUUUACGGUCGCGCACGAAUAUGUUAACGUUACGAGUUCUCGUCAAAAGCGCACAAAGUAUGGAAAAGAGACAGCGUUAAUGUCGUCCGUAUUAAAUUCGAGAGGGCCAACUAAGGGACGUGGUGGUUGUUAAAAUACAAGAAAGACACGGAAAAGAAUAGGAGAAAGACGAAAGCUGAUCCUAGUGAUCCUGUUAAGUAGAGGUCAAUGGAGCCGUCUUGAUGCAGGCUGCAAAACUACGUGGGGAUUACCCAUCGUGGUCGUCGGGCUGAUUUCAACGGUGAACAGUGGCGAUUCCACCCGUGGCCGUGGGUGGAAGAGCCGUUUUCAUCACCGUCAACGACGAAUAGUACAGCCACUUCCGCUUCCUCCACCCCACGUGGCCGAAUCAUCACCUGAUAAGAGCUGGAGAAGCGGCCGCAGCCGCAGCCGCCUCGGAGCUCUGAGGAGCUGGAGGAUCUGCACAAGCUGCUGCACUUCCCCGAGGAGGUGGCGCUCAGGUUGACGGAGACCGAAUACCAGCUGUUCUAUCAGAUACCACCGGAAGAGUACCUCAGGCACGUGGCACAAGAUCAGAACGCGAAAUCACCUGCCAGGCCACCCCCGUCGCCGAGUCGCAGCUAUUGCAAUCCCAGCACCACGAACAGCUCGACCCAGACCGAGGAAGAGUCUAACUGGCCUGUUUCCAACCUCUUUUCUUCCGUUCGAACGCUCAUCAAACGUUUUAACGAGGUAAGCUCAUGGGUUACUCACGCGAUCACAAGUGGCGCAACGUUAGAAGAAAGGCAGGCGGUAUUGUCCUGUCUCCUACGAGUAGCUCAGACCUGUUGGAAUACCGGAAACUUUAACUCAGCCAUGGAAAUUGUCGCCGGUCUCAAGUGCCACAAGCUAAAGCCCUUUUGGCAAAGUGUGAACGACCCAGUACCAGUUUUGGAAAAUCUAUCCUCCGCCCUUUUGUCUGCCGAGUAUGAGUUCGCGCUUGCUCGCUCCUUGGCAAUGCCAGAAUGUCCAGUGGUGCCGUUCUUUGGAGCUUUUUUGCGGGAAUUGCGGGAAGUCAUCGCAUUCGAGUCCAAGUCUCAACACGAAUGCAAGGACCACGACGAGUCGCCGCGUAGCAGCAGCAAGGUUGCCGAGCCCGAAAACGUGUCAUCUUCGGGGCAAACGGCAAAAAUUGCUAUCGAUACCAGCACCGAAUCACCCACGGAAUGGAAUCCGAGGAACAGUUCGUUGAAACAGCAAGAGAACGCUCCAGUCCGUGAUACAAACUCUGUUCUCGAAAAAAUUGCCGAAUUUCAUAAGCACCAACAUGCUCGAGGCAGAGACGCGACGACUGGCUCGCUUCAUCGUACGCUCAGCAUUCAUACGACCGCGAUCGAGCAAACCUACAUGGCCGAAGAAUGUGACGAGAACGACUAUCAUUUCGAUCUCGAUUCCUACAAGCCGGUACAACCGAUCACAUUCGACCAUGGGGUUGCGUUAUUUCCUGUCGCUGCUCCGCACUCCGGAAUGGAUCUGCAUCUUUUGCAGGUAUUGCAUCACGGGACAACGUUGGUGCAUUGGGACUGCGAAGGCGGUACGACGAGGACGGCCUUAGUAUUCGCGCGAGUGGAUCGCGCUUGCGGUACGUUCGUGUGGGAAAAGCCACCCUGGAGUCCAUUGAAAACUGCCCAGCUGGGAGGUACAGCUUCUGCAGAUUUUUCGCUAACUGCCAAUCCAGAAGACGUGGUAUCGGCCGGUUUAGUAGGGAGAUAUACCAUGCAACAGACGGACUGCGCUUCCGUGACGCUGGAAGAGGGAUUUUUGGACCUGAGCUCCGUCAAGGAAGUCAUGAUCGGCUGUUGCGAUCGGGACAGAGAGACCGACCUCAGAAGCAUUUACAAGAGAUACGGUCUAUCGGGAUCCGAUUCAUGUAUCGGCCUUAUGUACGGCUCCAGUCUGCCGGACAAUCGACUGAUCUUUCUCCUUUGCCCUCCUGCGCUUAGCAAAAUUUGGUACAUGGGUCUUUGUUGGAUACUUCGAGGCCUGAAACGGCAACAACAAUUAACAGAUCGUAGAUCGCGAUGGUUGAAAGAAAAAUACCUUCAGCUUUAUUUCGAAGAUGGAUGUGUCGAGCCAAUGACAGCCGACGCUAUCAGAGCUUUUGGCGGUCGCGACUGGUCCACGACCGAAAGUAUCGGCACGCUUUCGCCGACCAGCAGCAGUGCUCUCCGCAAACGAAACGUUAAAGGGAAAAAAACGAAAUCUAUCGGCAAUAUUCACGCGUUAACAAAGGAUCUAAGCCUAAAACAAUAUGACACUUCGUCUCCGGAUGGAGGCUUAGCAGCAGUGGUCCCUUCUCGGCAUAUUACGGGUAGUAGAGAAUCCUUGACGAGAAUCAUACCAGCGUCUCCACGGUCUAGCAGAGAUCGAGUUCCCCCGCGUAGUCCUCCUGGAUCCGCCGAACGAAUUAUUAGUUCCAACUUGCCUUACUCCAGCUUUCAAAGCCUAUUAUGCGUCGCCAGGGACAAGGAUAAAAACGGAUCUGGAAUGUCAGGUGGAGUGGAAGCACCUUGGCAAGUGAAGGCACGUGCCACUUCCAUAAUGUAUGAAACUCAGUUGAACUUCGUCGAGUUUGUCGCGUUGUUCCGUUCGUUCAGCCUGAGAGCAAGAAAGGAUUUACGCGACCUAUUCGGCCAACUGGCGAUCACUUGUCGUAGUCAAAGCGACGGUUCUUUGAGAGACUUUAAUGUACGGCCGCCUGUGUUGAGGCAAACCAGUGACGCAACCCCUCAACGAAUCGGUCUCUUGACGAGAAAUAACUCGAUAGACUGUCACGAGUACAAAACCAGCAGCAAUCUUCAAAAGAAACAAGUCUUCGACGCGGUGGCUGCGGCUAGCAUCGUUAAUAAUUGUUCUGGCGUUGACACUUCGAAAUCGCAAGUUAUCACCCUGGCCACGUUCACUAAGUUUUUGGAAUCUCGGCAGCAAGAAAAACUAACCGACGACGAGAUCAAGGCACUGGUCAAGCGACACGAGCCGGACCCGGGGCUACGUACACAAUGGUGUUUGUCUUUCGAGGGCUUUGCACGGUACAUGAUGGACAAGGACAAUUAUGCCUUCCCAAACGAGUAUGCGACGCCGUUCGAGACUGAAAUGCAACAGCCAUUGUCCCAGUAUUACAUCGCUAGCUCGCACAAUACUUAUUUAACUGGCCAUCAACUCAAGGGAGAAUCUUCGGUGCAGCUUUACUCUCAGGUACUACUAACAGGAUGUAGGUGUGUAGAGCUCGAUUGCUGGGAUGGCGAUGAUGGCUCUCCCGUUAUUUACCAUGGUCACACCUUCACUACCAAGAUACCAUUUCGCUUGGUCGUAGAGGCGAUUGAUAGAAGUGCUUUCGUCAGUUCUCCAUAUCCCGUGAUUCUCUCCAUCGAGAAUCAUUGUUCACAGAGUCAACAAGCUCGAAUGGCCCAAAUAUUUCAAUCGGUAUUUGGAGAAAAACUGGUGACAAAGUUCUUGUUCGAGACGGACUUUAGCGACGACCCUCAACUGCCAUCGCCAUCGCAAUUGCGCUACCGAAUAUUAAUCAAAAACAAGAAGAUGGUGGUAGAACCCGCUGGUCCUUUGACGCACGCUCCCCUGAGUCAUCGUGGAAAAAUGCUCAUGUCCGAUCGAGCUUCGUCUAUGAAACAAAUGCGUACCGACGUAAGCAGCGCAUCCGUCGUCGAAUAUUUCAGCGAAGACGACGACGAUGAGGAGGACGACGAUGAAGAUGACAAUAUCGAUGAUAACUCCAUUUCCAGCUACGAAAGGUAUUUGGGUGGGAUGCAGGUGCCCCAUGGUCGAUUAAAGUCAGAUUCCGCGGUCGACGAUAAGUCGCAAAAACAAAGUAGCCAAAUUGCCAAAGAACUUUCGGAUUUGGUGAUUUACUUGCAAGCUAUUAAAUUUCGUGGGCUGAACACUACGCCAGGAACGACGGCCACUGGGAAGGUGCGACAUCAACCGCACACUGGACCGGUUCAAAGACACAGCAUCGCUGGAAUAGGAGCUACCAGCAUCGGUGCCUCUUCCGGAUCGCCACAGUCUUUAUCGACAUCGGCUUCGCUCGCAAGCGGCGGCAGCAAUAUCGAAAAUCUCUUCAGAUUCACGCGCGGAGUUCCAGCCUGCUUUCAAUGUUCUUCGUUGAAUGAAAGCACAGCGAAGAAGAUUUGCAGAAAACAACCUUUAGGAGUUGUCGCCCAUGCAGAAACUCAGUUAAUACGAACGUAUCCGGCUGGAAUGCGUAUUGAUUCGACAAAUUUCAAUCCCGUAAUCUUCUGGGCCUUUGGUAUUCAAAUGGUAGCACUAAAUUACCAAACCGACGACGCCGGAUUAAAUUUAAACGCCGCUAUGUUCGAGCAAAAUGGCCAAUGUGGAUACGUUAGGAAACCUUCGGUUAUGUGGGACAAAGGCCAUAUGAUGUAUAGACGCUUCAAUCCUUGGGAUAAAGAAUUCGACGGGCUACAUUCGGCACACCUGACGCUUUCGAUAGUCUCUGGCCAGUACGUUUCCCCGACAAAUUUCGUCGCCAGCACGUACGUCGAAAUCGAACUAGUCGGCAUUCCGAUCGACUGUGCCAAGCAUAAAACGAAAAUAAUACAAAACAACGCGCUGAAUCCUAUUUGGAACGAGAAAUUUUGCUUUCAAGUAAUGUUCAAAGACCUUGCCUUUCUGCGUUUCGGUAUCGUCGAAGCAAGUUCCCAUCAUUUGAUCGCCCAAAGGGUCAUUCCGUUGAAAUGCUUGAAGCCCGGAUACAGACACGUACGUUUGCGUUCCUGUAAAAACAAACCUCUGGCUCUGUCCACGCUGUUCAUUUAUUCCCGUUUGGAAGAGGAGAGUCUCGAUUAUAACACGUGUUGCCGCGAUCACAAAGAAUCGUCGAAGCGGCCAUCGUCGAGUAAGGAACCGGAAAAAUUGACUACGGUGGAUCCUGGAUUAGGUGGAGUGACGCUGAAGAGAAGAAUGUUCUUCUUGAUGGUUUAUCACGUGAUACCGGAGGAACCGUACACUAUAUUAAAAGUCACGCAGGAGAGUACGACGCACGAGGUGAUGUUGCAAGCUCUUCAGAAAGCUGGAAUAUCCGCGGAUCGAGUCGACGAAUAUAUUUUGGUGGAAGAAGUCUCUCGUGGUUGGGAGAAAAGAGACAGGGAAGAACUUCCAACUCAACGCGUGUUAGAUCCAACGGAGCAUCCGUUGCAAGCGCAGGCUUUAUGGAAAGGGCAGGGGCGUUUCCUCUUGAAGAGGGUAGGCGAUGAUCCUAGCAGCAGAGCCUGGCUGGCUUCCAUCAGGAGUACAGCUGGUCACUCGAAGCUCGACUCCGAAAGAGACACAUCCACGCAUAUCUGGGACGAAGCUGACACCUUCUUGGUUUGCAUUUACAACGUUUCGCCGGAUAUACCGUACGCGAUACUUCGCGUUCCUGUAAGCAGUUCUGCUCAAGAUGUUCUAGCUCAGGCUCUAGUGAAGGCCCGAAGAAUGGAGGAUCCGAUGAAGUUUGCUUUGGUGGAAGAACUCGAAUGGGGAGGAGCUGGAGCCGUUGGUAGUGGCAGUCGACAAUUGAGAGUUUUACGCGAUGACGAGAACGUGUACAGUACUCAAGCCUUUUGGAAGACGCUCGGAAGAUUCAUUCUGAGAGAAAGAGAACAAGCGAUACCGAGGCGGCAUCUGUUGCCAGCAACCUUGGAUAGGCUGAGCAAAGGUUUUUCCGUAGGAAGAUCGGUCUCCUUGCCAGGUUCCAGCAAGGAGAAGAUGCCUGUCUCGGAAGCGCUUUCCGAUCCAACUUCCAGAGGGCUGAGACAUCGUCUACUGAUGCACGGUCGUAGAAGGGAAGUUCACUCCGAUGGCGAAGAUAUUCGCGAGUCUGAUAUUUUAAACGCGGCCCUUCACUUGAAGAAGGUAUCCUUAAGAAAAUUAAGGGUUUGGAAGUCAUAGUGGCAGUCAAGGGCGACAUCGAUUUCAUCGAUCUUCGCCACUCGGAAAAAUCAACCGUAAGUUACGAUAAAUCAUUGCAUUCGAGGUAAAUCGAAUCUUCGGAAGGCAAAUGCGAAAUUAUCCGACGUUUUUCAGGCGAUGUUUGACGAAAGAAACCUCGAAUAUCGUUCGUAUCGUUUCGAAAAAAAAAAAAAAAAAAAAACAAAAAACUCCACCAGUAAUCAGCAUUCAAACGUUACGA